AGGUCAAAGUAGAAGCAGAAAGCCAACUCUCCUUGCCGUUUUCCUCGACGGUUCCUGUUGCUGCUGUUUUCUCCUGGAAGACGGGACUAGGAUUGCGGUGGUGUAGCGCAGUUUGGGGGUCUCCGGUGGCUCGAAGGAGAAAAGUGGAGAGAGAUCAGCCAAGUACUUCUAAAACUGGAAGUUAUUUUUGUCUGGCAAGGGCUGAAUCAGUAAUAAAGUGGCCUGAGGACAGCUGUAUUUUGCUUUGGUUUUUGCAUUCCCCCACCACAGCCUCCUUUGAAAUUGGCAUAUUUUUAUAGUGGUAUAUAUAUAUAUAUAUAUGUAUAAAAUGAAGACUGGUUUGAAACUUGCCAUGUCUUGCACCUUUUUCCAAGGAUGGCACUGACCACAUUUUUAUUUUGCGUUUGAAAAGGCCUUUUAUAAUGACAAAAAAUAGGAACUAAUCUCUUGCCAUUGGAAGGAAGAAGAAAAAGACGGUAGUGGGAGAAAAUUGGAUCUUAUAGUUCGUUUUUCAGUUGCUGCACUUAAGAGUUGGUUUUUGUUCAGAACAAUUCAUACAAAUUCUACUUUUAAGAUUUUUUUAGAAAUCUUUGUGAGGAGGAUUUUGAUUUAGAGACUGCUUGCCUCAAAACCUGAUCCAAGUACUUUAAAAAUGAAAUGUGAAGUAAAACUGAGCAGUUUCUUAAAACAGAAGGCAGAAUGCUUUAAAAUCAUAAAGUUCUAUGUUUAAUUGACAACUGUUUUAUAUUUUAAGCCUUUUUCAUUCCUAUUUUAUUCUAUGAUUAUGCAUUUUCAACUUUGGUUUUUAUUUUAUUGUGAAGAAGGGAAAAAUUACUGUGCUUAUAUUUCAUAAAUGAUAGCUUUGAAAUCUUUAACAGAGAAUUGGGAAUUUUAAAAUGCCAUGAUAAACUUGUUUUAAUAAAACACCCAAUAGUGUCUUCUUCAGAAGUUUUAGGCAAGAGUUGCUGGAGGGGUUCCUCCUUAUUUUCCAUUAAUGAGUCCUGGUGGUGGUGUUGGAGGACCCAUGAAAGACUGUGAAUACAGUCAGAUCAGCACUCAUAGCUCUUCUUCUCCCAUGGAGUCUCCCCAUAUGAAGAAAAGCAUUUCCAAGAGAAAAUGGGAGGUUUUCCCUGGAAGAAACAAAUUUUUUUGCAAUGGAAGGAUCAUGAUGGCUCGGCAGACUGGAGUCUUCUACUUGACAUUUGUUCUUAUUUUGGUGACCAGUGGACUCUUUUUUGCAUUUGAUUGUCCGUAUUUAUCUGAGAAGAUUACACCUGCAAUUCCUGCAGUUGGAGCAAUUCUAUUCUUUUUUGUUAUGGGGACCUUGCUACGUACUAGUUUCAGUGAUCCUGGAGUCCUGCCUCGUGCAACACCAGAAGAAGCAGCAGAUCUAGAAAGGCAAAUAGACAUUGCAAAUGGCUCUAGUGCAGGAGGAUACCGUCCCCCUCCCAGAACAAAAGAAAUAAUCAUUAAUGGUCAGGCAGUGAAAUUAAAAUACUGUUUCACCUGCAAGAUUUUCCGUCCACCCCGUGCCUCACAUUGCAGCCUUUGUGAUAACUGUGUAGAACGGUUUGAUCAUCAUUGUCCCUGGGUAGGCAACUGUGUGGGGAAAAGAAACUACAGAUUUUUUUAUAUGUUUAUUUUAUCUCUGUCAUUUCUGACAGUUUUUAUAUUUGCAUUCGUUAUUACUCACAUCAUCCAUCGAACUCAGAGAACGGGAUUUUUAACUGCACUUAAAGACAGUCCUGCAAGUGUUCUAGAAGCUGUGGUGUGUUUCUUCUCUGUUUGGUCCAUUGUUGGACUCUCAGGUUUUCAUACUUAUUUGAUCAGCUCCAAUCAAACAACCAAUGAGGAUAUCAAGGGAUCUUGGUCAAAUAAAAGAGGCAAAGAAAACUUCAAUCCUUACAGCUAUGGCAACAUUUGUGCUAAUUGUUGCUCAGCACUUUGUGGGCCCCUUUCUCCUAGUUUAAUUGACCGAAGAGGAUUUAUCCAACCAGAUACCCCUCAGCCAGCAGCUUCCUCAAAUGGCAUUACAAUGUAUGGGGCCACACAUUCUCAGAGUAAUAUGUGUGAUCAAGAUCAGUGCAUUCAGAGCACUAAAUUCGUUUUGCAGGCUGCUGCCACUCCACUCCUCCAGAGCGAGCCCAGCCUAAGUAGUGAAGAGCUGCCUUUACCAGGAAAAAUUACUCUUGGUGCUCCCUGUGCUAUGGUGACACUAGGACAACCAACGCCACCUUCUUCCAUCCCAAAUCUCACAUCAGAAACAAGCUUGUCAGAAAUGCUACCAUUAAAAGAGGAGCCUGAAAACCAUCCAUUUCUUACUCCUGAAGAAGCUCCACCCGGGAUGUUACCCCUUGGACACAGCCGCACCAUGCACAGCCUCAGCCUGGUUAGCCAGGAUUCACUGCAUGAAGACUCAGUGCGUGGCCUUGUUAAACUCAGCUCAGUCUAAAUGAUAUAGAACAUGACCGCAAUUAAACACAGCUUAUUUAACUCCAAAAGCAAUUAGCCUUUGGACUCUGACAUAUAUGUCACUGAAAAUUAUUAUGUAAAGAACCCUAUUGAAGGACAAAUUAUUUUUGUGCCGUGAAGUUAACCAUUACAUUUGUUUUAUAGCCAAUUUAUUGGUGGCUUGGGUUUGAUGGUUACAUGGUUAAAUAACCAAUUUAGUUGAAAUUUGUUCGGUGAUUUCCAAAGCAGUUUGGAAUCCUGGUACUGCAAAGUUGGUUAUUAUAGUGCUUAAAAUAUGAAUGGAUAUAAGCGUCAUAUUCCAUGUUUUAUGAAGUUCCUUGUUGUAAUAUCUCCUUUGUAGCCAGACAUUACUGUGCUACUCAUAUUUGAAGCAAGAUUACCAUUGGAUGAAUGCAAAAUCAAUAAGGGUUGCAAUUGUGGAUUUGCAUGCCACAUUACAGUGGGUGUUACAGUAGUGUUGGUUUUUGAAAGACAGUGCUGCUUUACUAUUUGUGAGUACCAAAGUGCUGUUCAUUGUAAAAGACAGUACAACAAACAAUAUUAACUUUUUUCAAUCAAUGAAUUAUAAAUAAAUGAACUGGCAGUGCUCAGUUAUGGAGGAUUACCUGUUUUUGCAUAUCAUUUACGUUUUAGUGUGAAAUAACAUAUUGUGUUGUGCCAUAACAUAGAUUUCUCUCCACCCAUCCCCACCUGUGAUCACACAAGACGUAUAUAUUCAAUAAGAUGGCAUUCUCUAUAUCUUUGAAUAUGUAUACAUUUCUCUCCAUACAAAGCUGAUGUAAAACAGCAUAUUACAAUACAACAAAUUACUUUUUUCCUAAGAUUAUAUCAUUAAGCAGCCAAAGGAACUUCCUAGAUCCAAUUAUGGUCUUGAGUAUUUAUACAGUUUUAUAUAUAACCUACUUAAUAAUGCUAUAUGCUGAUAAUUGGUCUGUUUGUUAAAAAUUACUUGAUGUUAGUGGGUUGGAUUGAGAAAACUUCCAUUUUCAAAAGGAUUUUGAUUCAGCAGAGGCUUCCAUACAAAGAUUGCCUCCUAUAUUAUUUAAAAAAAAUGUUCACAAAGGAACUGUCUACAACAGCAUGGAGGUGAUGUGAAGCUAGUGGGCAAAAAAAAAAACCUAAUGAAAAGGUGGGGAGGGCUUUCUCCCUCUUAAUGAUUUCAGGAGCCAUCACUGCUCCCUGACGGAUUUCAUUUAUUUGUUUGAGGCUCAUAGUUAAAAUCAUUGGAGGAAUCUUUCACUAGAAAGAUUGAAAGGACACUCAUAUUCUUAACUUCGUUGAUAAAACAAGGGUCACUGGGAAGUCCUUCAACUGUUUGUAAUCAAUAACUAUCAUUCAGCCAUCAUUAUUAACAAAAAUGUUUCAAUUUAAAUUUGUGAUUGAUGCUUGAUUCUAAGAAAUUUCUUAUGGCUUAAAGAAAAGACAUUCCCUCAGGGAUAACAAACAUAAUAAGAACUUAAACGUUGCAAGCCAUUGCAUUUUGUCUUGGUUUUAAGAUGCUAGGACCUGCAAUACCCUUUUCUCAGGACAAAGUUUAGUGCAAAGUUAUUUUUGUGGCUGUGUGUGUGUGUUUGUAUAUCCACAUACACGCUAAGCAUAACUGCAGGCAAGUACACUUAAAAAACAGAUUGUGAAGAAACAAAUACAUUGCACCUGAAAGACACUGACAAUAUACCUUUAGAAGGAAAAAAGCACAAUGUUUUAAUUGGAAUAAGGCCAUCUUUAUUAUAGAAAUGCCAGAUGACUUAAUGGGGAAGAAAAAAACCCUUACACUGUGUACGAUUUUGUAAUUUUUUCUGAGUAGUGGCGAUUUUCCUUUUGUUUGCAUGUAUAGAAAAUAACCAGAUAUGUCUUUUUCCCAUUUUACAGAAAACUAUUCAUGGUGUGCAGUUAUUUGACUGUGAACCAUAAACAUUUACAGUUUUCAUGUAAAGAGAUACUGUCUGUUUUUCUGCCUGACCUCACAGGAUUUAUUUGAAAUCCUGCAUAUGUUACUUUAGCGCAUGCACAUUCCAAAGAAAAAAAACUAGGUGAGUAGUAUUCUCUUCACGUAGUAAAGUUGAUUACUGCAUGGACAGGUGUUACCAGCAACAAAUAGCUGUUAAUUCCAUAUAAUAACAGGGAGUGGCCGAUUUGGAGAAGAUUUAGUCAGUUGACACAAAGGAAGCCUACUUCCUCAGAAAGCCUAUGUAAUUGUUUACCAUUUCCAUACAACAAACACCUCAAAGUUCGCAAUCCCCAAACUGGCUUGGUGAGUUCAUGAUAGGUAGUAUGGGAUGAUACAUCAUGAUAAUUUCUAAAUACAGCCUGGGUUAUUGUUAUUUUUAUCCCAAGCAUUAUGAAUUGGCUACCUUUUUAGUAAGGAGAAUCAAGACAGAAGAAAUUACUUUUGCCUCAUUACAUUAAAAUUGGAUUUUAGUCAUUCUUUAAAAUCCAUUCUUUAAAAUAAAAUUAUCUAGUUAUUGCCUAGAUAAUAACUUGAUGUAAUUUAUUUUUAAGAGACAUAGAUAUUGGUUAGAGCAGUGUAUCCAUUAACAAGCUUAGUAUUUUACUAAUUCAAUUGACACCGGAAGAUAGAGCAUCCAUUUCCUGUAGUGUAAAAAAUCAACAAUGUUAAAAAUUUUACCCUGCCAUUAUUGCUUCGCAGCUGUGAAGCUCACACAAUGGAAUAGAAGUAUUUAAAAAAUGUAUUGGCUCACAUGUCCAUAGAAAUGCUCAUUUUAUUUUACUAGCAUUUUUUGAAUAUCUUUGCCAUUAGGAAAUUGCAGUGUCACAUGUGGUACCAGACCCAUUUGGAUUUCUUUGGUUUUUUUCAGUCUGGCAGGAUAGAAAGUUAUCCUGUCGUCGUUUUUAAGCGCACCUCUCAUUUAAAGCUUUCAAAUGCUGCACUGCAACAUGGGAUAUCUUCCUUGGCUUACCUGAUGUUUGAGGGAAGCUUAUGUACAGAAAAGUACUGUGAAUACCUAUUUUAGAAGAAAUUAUUUUUGUUUGCAUUGAUGUUUAGUAUUUUUUGCUGUUUAUACUGUUUCUGACUUUAUGUUGAAGAAUAAAAAUACAGCCUUUUUAAGCAUUGCCUUCUGUCUUAUGAUUUGUUUUGACAUGCCUAAAAAAAAUGCAGUACUUCUUUUAUUUUACCAUGACAUUUUAAAUCAUAUACUGCUGCCUCAUGAUGACAUCUGCUGGAGAAUGCUGGAAGGAGUCUGUCUUUCAACUAAAGCUGUUUUGUUAAUGUAUGUGAUAAUUCUAUAAGACUUAAUAUUAACAUUUUCCAGUAUUAUAGGAGAUCGAUAGUCAACUUUUCUACAAGCAAUAUUCUUUUUCUUUCAUCAGUUGUAAAUAGAAUUCAUUUAAUCUUUCAAUAAUUUAGCUAAUUCCAUCUGUUAAUUCCAUCUUUGAAAGAUCACAGAGCUCUUCACCAGCUCUUUAAAGUGUUGAAGCUAAAACCCUGGUUGAUGGUGAUACUUACAGUAGCCCUAUACCAUUGGAAAAGUCUAGACAAAAUUAGAAUUUCUCUUCAUAGUAAUGUUUUACAAUUACUGUUCACUAAUUAUCUUACAAAACAAAUGAUUCUUGUAAAAAUUCUCAUCAGCAAUUUCUUCAUUAUUUGUUACAUUUUUACCCCAUCCUUCCUCCAGGAACUCAAGGUUUCACCCCUCAAAAAGCAACACCACCUGAAGUCCAUUCUUUGUGGGAGAUGGUUUAGAAAAGUGAACUAUAAAUAAACCUGAUUAAAUAGAUUGGGCUAAGAUGGCAGGGUUUCAUUUCUUCCUUCUGUUCUGCAAUUGACUUAACAACAUUAUGGUUUUUGUGAUAAUUUAAAAGAAUGAAAUGGAUGCAUUAAGCUCUGGAAAGCUUUUUGUCUCUUAAUCCCCACCUUCAACCACAACAAUACAUCAGCAAAUAAUAGAUAAAAACUCAAGGUAAACCAGUCCAAACUGGAUUUCAGAAAAUAUGACUUCAGUAACAGAGUGGUCAGCGCCUGGAAUGCACUACCUGACUCUGUAGUUUCUUCCCCAAACCCCCAAAACUUUAAUCUUAAUAUGUCUACUGUCACCUCAUUCCUAAGGGGUCUAUAAGGGGCGUGCAUAAGUGCACCUGUGUGCCUACUGUCCCUGUCUUAAUAUUCCUUUUUACUUACUCUUUUCUUGUAUCCAAAUUAUGUUUAUACUUUUACCUGUUACCUUUAUAUAUGAUUGACAAAAAAAAUAAAAAAGCAAAGAGUAAAACAUUCAAAUCUGAAAAUUGAAAUGCGGUGCUGAACCUCAUUUAGUGAGUAUACAGUAGAUUGCCCAACCUGGGAGUAGUCCAAAAUCAUCUAGUGUUCAAUUUACUAAAUGUUAUGAUAUUUGGGAAUUUGUCUACGUACUUUGUGCUUUUUCUUUCUCUUUUUGGAUGUUGGGGUUUUUUCCAUUUAAAAUGCUUAAUAAAAUGAAAUAAAGUAUUGUAUAUUAAAGAAAGUGUCUAAUGUUAAUAGGCUUGAAUUAUGGGAUGUUUUGCACAAUAAAGAAGGUUGCAGAAUACAGUAAGAGUAUGAUGGAAGUUCAGCAUGUUUGAGAAUUGAAUGCUUGGCUAAAAGUUCAGCUGAGCAAAUACAAAACAAACAUGUUUUCCUCUUGAUUGUUUGAGUAUAUUUAUGGAUAAAUGAAUAAUUAAUUAUGUUGGUGCUGUUAGAGAUGUGAUGGUUGGAGACAUAAAUGCAUGUGUAAUUUAGGUGCUAAAUGACUAGAUUGAAUACAAAAGUGAGUAACACAUACGAAGAAGUUGAGAGAAAAAUGGAGAAAAAUGAAGUUGGAUAGAACUAAAUACGAUCCUUUAAAAAGAAGAAAAAAGGUUAAAUUAAGAAAGGCACAAUGAAGCACUGAUUAGUACACUAUACUGGAAAUAAGAAUAGUUUGCAAGAAACAAAAGGUAAUGAGAGGUACAGCAAGUUUUAGUGCUAUAAACUAGUUCUAGAUUUAUUUCUUGUGUUUAUUUUUUUUUUGUUAUUACAUCUUAGACCAUGUAUGUGCCUUGCAUAAUAUUGUGUAUGCUGAAAGAGAAUUGUAUGAUGGGUUUAUAUUUAUGUACCGUUUGUUUAGCAUCCAUAAUAUCAAAUAACAGUAAACGCCACUUGAUAAAAAUUGCUGAUCCUUGUUAUAAUUUCCCCUUGAAUGGGAACUCUUCUAGCUUACUUACCCUAAUUAGUUGUAGAUUGUCUUUUCCUGCCCCUUUUGCAGCUCUACUGUUUCCUUCCAAAGUACUCUUACUUCCAGAUUGAGUUAGGGUAAUUUUAAAUUAAUAUGAUCAGGUAUACAAGGGUGUAAAGCUUUACUUAAAGCAUCUGCAGAAUCUUUGACAAUCUUACUUUGAUAAGAGCUUGUUCAGUUCAAAUGAGGUUCACCCAAAAUCUGGAUGGCCCCAUUCUGCUAUUAUUAGAAGACCUGUGAAGACUUGGCUCUUCACCCAGACCUUUAGUGAAGGAGAAUGAGACUGCUUGCUUCAUUCCAUCUGGUCUAUUGCACUUGAUGCCUUUUAUCUUUAUUUUUAAUGUGUUAUUGCUGUUAUUGUAAUUUGUCUGUUGUGUGCCUCCCAGAGUCAUUGAGUUACAAGUUUAAUAAAUAAUAAUUAUUACUACUGCUGGUAAUCUGCCAAAGAGAGUUAGAGUGGAAGCAAUAGGAACAAGCAUCUGUGCAAGCAGCAGGAAAUUGGCAAGGCUUCUGCUUUCUUCCACAGAAUAGAGACAAUGUCUGAUAAAAAAAAAAAUCUGUUGGAACCGUAGAGAGUGACAUGCUGAUUGAAGAAUGACAUUCAUUCAUACUUGCCUGAAUGAAGAGAUGUAAUAAGAUCCCUUCUGAAA